AGUUGACAUAGUGGCGCUGGGGCUUUCUUGUUUAGCAGUUACUGUACUCUGUCUCUGACAUUUUACACUGAUGUGACGGGAUAGUUGUAACUUACACUUCCCCCGGUCAGUUUUGAGAGAUUGAAAGAGAGGGAUUUUUGAGACUUAAAAUCCUGAUUAACUAAUCGGUUGAAAAAGAACCACUUGACUCGAGGAUGAUCCCAAAAAGUAAUGAUUUUGAGGUAAAAAGAAAGGGAGCUGCUGAUGAAUAGGGAACAGUGAUUUUGGCACAACUUGUAGCUGUUCUGUCACAGUCAACUUUGAAAAACAAGGAAAUCUACCCAAAUUUUGUUCAUUGGAUCCACCACUCAAACUUCCUAGAAAUUGACCUGGGGAUGCCUUUUUGAUUGCUGGGUUUAAUGCAGAGUGCUAUUUAUGGGAAGCUAUUGACUAAGCAAAGUGGUUUCAGCCUUCAGGGUUUCUGAUGAGUGGGUUUUAUCAUCUCAUCCACUUUGUUUUAUAGGAAUUUUGACUAUUUGAGUGACCCGGUAAUAACUUGGAUCGUUUGCUUAUUGGUCAGAGCAGGGAGAUGAACUUGGUCUGUGUCUUGAGUUGGGUUUGGACCUUGGUAUGUAUCUUUCUUUGAAGCUUAUAACUGGAAGACAUAGAUUGAUGCCAAUUGGCAAAUAUGUAUGCAGCCGGCUGGCAAAAACUUAAAUUGGCUGCUGAAGAAAUAAAGAAAAGGUCAUUCAUAAUUUUUGGAGGAAGCAAACGCAAUGCUUAUGUGUGAUAUAUGUCAUUUAGUUUAGGUUGAAUUAAGAGUUGGCAACCACAUCUCCAAUCCAGAAUUGACUGCCAAAAUGUACAAAGAAAUUUCGGACCUUCGUCAUGAUGGCAAAAGCAUAACAUCACCAUUGCCAUUGAUGCUGAUGCAAAAAUUGCAUCUCCUCCGGCUGGAUUUCCUGAUCAUCCACAACACGGGUUUUGAGACUCUUACCUACAUGUUCCAGGGAGGUAUUACUCAUCGAGAUUUUGCUGGGCACAAGGGCACUAUUCAUACUGGUGAUGUGCAGCGGAUGACAGCAGGAAGAGGAAUAAUCCAUUCUGAAAUGCCUGCUGCUGGUGAAGGAGUCAAUAGGGGUUUACAACUUUGGAUCAAUCUCUCUUCCAAAGUCAAAAUGAUUGAGCCAAGGUAUCAGGAGCUUCUAACUGAGGACAUCAGAAGGGCGGAGAGAGAAAGAUGGUGUGGGAGUCAAGAUCAUUGCCGGAGAAUCAAUGGGAGUUCGGUCCACGGUAUAAACUAGAACUCCGACAAUGUACUUAGAUUUCACUUUAAAACCGAGAGCUCAGUUUCACCAAGACAUCCCAGAAGCCUGGAACGCGUUUGUGUACGUAAUUGAAGGUGAAGGUGAAGGUGAAGGUGUGUUUGGUGUACCAAACUCGGCUGCUGUGUCAGCUCACCAUGUCCAGGUUUUGGGUCCUGAAGAAGGUAUAAGUGCGUGGAACCGGUCGGCUUCCAAGACCUUAAGGCUCGUCCUGAUUGCAGGGCAGCCCUUGAAUGAACUGGUGGUGCAGUAUGGACCGUUUGCGAUGAACAUACAAACUGAGAUUGAUCAAACAGUUGAAGACUAUCAUUACUGUAAGAAUGGGUUUGAAAUGGCCAAGUCUUGGACGUAACAUUGAGCUCGCCAGGAUGUGUUGUUUUUUAAAGAAAGAACAAAUAAAAAAGGUCUUUUUAG